AUGUCUCCUACCAAGGUCUAUGUUUGCUCUCAGGAGAAGUGCGGCGAAACUUUCACCAAGUUCACGGAAUUCAAGAGACAUGAGGCUAGGCAUGCAGAAAACGUGUACACCUGCACCUUUCCGGGAUGUGACUUUGCGACGCUGAUAAAAAGAAGCUUCGAUGUCCACUCCGCUAAACAUACCGGCGAGCAACGCUAUGGUUGCCCUCAUGAUUGCACCUUUAGGACCCACGAUCCUUCUGCCUUGACGCGCCAUCGCAAAACAAAACAUGGAUAUGUUCCUCUUCCGCGCAGCGGACGCGGCGGCGGUCGUGUCGCUGCCCCCUCCGCAUCAGACAGGACUCCAUCGUCCCAGCCCUCUGCUUCGUCCUACCAAUCACACCCUCACAGCCAAGACCCGUCGUUGGUCUUCUAUGACCCGGUGGAUAGUGAGGACGACUUUACCAUGUUUAGCGAACCCGUGACGACGGCCAAUGGGUGGACUGAGGGCUGCAUGUGCCCCGAAUUCAUGCAAAGACGCCCUUCGGAGAUGUUGGGUUAUGCAUAUAGGCAAUAUUAGUUUGCAUAAACUCAAGGUGGCUUGUGUUCGUCGGCAGUAAAACCCUCCCCUCGUUGUAUACAUCUAUUAUUUUUCACUUAAAAGCACUUUACGAUGUCGUCUAAAGGCUUAUACACUCUUUUAUAAAUGCACUAGUAAUCAUACGCUCUUUUCU